AUGGCCACACGUACAGAUCUCCUAAAAUCAGUCCGUGCCCUCCUAGAAGCCCUAACAGACCCAAACACAAACCCCAACCAACUCCUCUCAACCUUCACAACUCUCCCAGAACCUCUAGUCCACGAACACGGUCUCCCGGAACUAGCCCCCUUCCUAGGCCGCCCAUUCACCGGCCAAGAUGAGAUAGCAACUUACUUCGAGCUUCUCUCCUCCCUCCUGUCUAUCAAGAACAUGGUCUUCGAGCCCGAGGAGAGCUGGGUGGUUGAUACGAGAUGUAUGGCUGUUUCGCUGCAGGGCACGGCGACAUUCAUCUGGAAGCAGACGCAGCAGGCGUGGGAUGAGACAUUCGUUUAUCGCAUUAAGCUUGCUGUUGAUGGUAGCCGGUCUGGGGAGACCGGGAGGUUAGCGGUUUGCGAGUAUCAUGUUUGGGCGGAUACUGGGGCUGCUUAUCUUGCUAGAUGCGGGAGGUUGGGAGAUUUAAUGGGGUCUGGGAGUGGUGGUGAGGAUUUUGAGCCGGAGGAGGGGACCGCGUAG